UCCGGGUUUCUCCGGGUCCCGCCGCCUCCGCCGCAGCCAUGUCGUCCUUCCCGGAGCUUUACUUCAAUGUGGACAAUGGCUACUUGGAGGGACUGGUGCGCGGCCUGAAGGCUGGGGUGCUCAGCCAGGCGGACUACCUCAACCUGGUGCAGUGCGAAACGCUCGAGGACUUGAAGCUGCACCUGCAAAGCACUGACUACGGCAACUUCCUCGCCAAUGAGGCGUCACCUCUGACGGUGUCAGUUAUCGAUGACCGGCUCAAGGAGAAGAUGGUGGUGGAGUUCCGCCACAUGAGGAACCAUGCCUACGAGCCACUCGCCAGCUUCCUGGACUUUAUUACUUACAGCUACAUGAUCGACAACGUGAUCCUGCUCAUCACGGGCACACUGCACCAGCGCUCCAUCGCCGAGCUUGUGCCCAAGUGCCACCCGCUAGGCAGCUUCGAGCAGAUGGAGGCUGUGAACAUCGCGCAGACACCCGCCGAGCUCUACAAUGCCAUUCUGGUGGACACGCCCCUGGCGGCUUUUUUCCAGGACUGCAUCUCAGAGCAGGACCUGGAUGAGAUGAACAUCGAGAUCAUCCGCAACACACUCUACAAGGCCUACCUAGAGUCCUUCUACAAGUUCUGCACCCUGCUAGGCGGGACCACGGCCGACGCCAUGUGCCCCAUCCUGGAGUUUGAAGCUGACCGCCGCGCCUUCAUCAUCACCAUCAACUCUUUCGGCACAGAGCUGUCCAAGGAGGACCGUGCCAAGCUCUUUCCGCACUGCGGGCGGCUCUACCCCGAGGGCUUGGCUCAGCUGGCUCGGGCUGAUGACUAUGAGCAGGUGAAGAAUGUGGCCGAUUACUACCCGGAGUACAAGCUGCUCUUUGAGGGUGCAGGCAGCAACCCCGGAGACAAGACCCUGGAGGACCGAUUCUUCGAGCACGAAGUGAAGCUGAACAAGUUGGCCUUCCUGAACCAGUUCCACUUUGGUGUCUUCUAUGCCUUUGUGAAGCUUAAGGAGCAGGAAUG